GCUCACCGCCGCGGCGCUGCCGCGGGGCGCGCCGCGGGGCGCGGCGGCCAUGGCGGCGGCGCUGCGCGGCGCUGGCUGCCCGCCGCGGGUCAGUGCUGCUGCACUUGGGGCUGCUGCUGGGCCCCGCGCGGGGCGCCGAGCUCGGCAGGAGCCCCUCUGCAGUGGAGAUGUCGGCGGCACCGGGGGGCACCCAGGUCCCAGCGCGAUCCAGCGCUUUCGCCAGCUGUGCUCUCGUGGCGAUGUUCAUCUGCUUCGCUGUCUCGAACAGGGUUGCGAACCGCGUGCUGCUCGUUCCGAUGGCGGAGCGGACGCUGUUCCUGGCCGUGGCGACCAGCUUCGUCCAGCUCCUGUGCUACAGCCUCCUGGGGCUGUGGCGGGCGUGGCGCGGGGCGGUGACGAGCGAGAUGCUCGCUUUCCUGCGCAGGGCUUGGAAGCUGGUGGUGGCCAUCGGCAUGUGCGAGGGAAUAUUCAGCUGCCUGCGUCUUCGCGGCAGCCUCGCAAUUGCCUGGCGGGCUCGUUCAGGUGCUCAACCAGUCCAUCGUGCCCUUCACCGUGUUGUUCAGCGUUCUCUUGCUGCGGCGAAGGUACGACGCCAUCCAGCUGUGCGGCGUUGCGUUCGUCUUGGCGGGCGUGCUUCUCGCCGGCAGGAUGCCGACGGUGAAGCCAGAGAGCAUGCGCAGUUUCCUUGCGGCGGCGGCGGGGACCGCUGGGAACGUCGUCCUGUGCACCAUGGCUUACUCGCUGCUGGCGCUGGCGGUCACCCUGAAGGAGUCCGCCUUCGCCAGGUUCCGGCGCGAGGCGGCCCAGCGCGGGCAGCAGUCUCCCGGCGCGCAGCCCGAGCUCGACAUCUGCGUGCUCAGCGCGGCCGCCGCGGCGGGGCAGCUGGCGACUCAGCUACUGGCCGCGCCAGGGGUGCUCGCCGCGACUGGCGGCGGCAUGGGCGGCGCGGUGUUGCGGGAGUUCGGCUCCGGCGCGCAGGCGUUGGCGGGGCGGGCGCAGCCCGCCGCGCCGUGGUUGGCGCUGGUGUACUGGGGCUGCAACGUGGGCUUCAGCCUCUCGGCGCUCCAGCUGGUGCGCACCACCUCCGCGGCCACGGUGGUGCUCGCCAACGUGGUGGCGCUGCCGCUCAGUGCGCUGGCCUUCUGUCUGCCACUGCCGCUCUUGGGCCGCGCGGGCUUCGACCACUGGAUGCUGGUCAGUCUCGCGAUCAUCGUGACGGGGAACCUCCUCUACGGGCACAAGGGUCUCCGCUCGUGGGGUCGCUGAUGGAAAAUUGUCCGCGUCGCAUCUGCGCCGCGUUUCUCCGCACGCACUUCUGCUAC